UGGUACAUAUGGGGGGCCCCCUGGUGGCGGAGGUCCUCCAGGAACACCGAUAAUGCCAAGUCCAGCAGAUUCCACAAAUUCCAGUGACAACAUGUACACAAUGAUUAAUCCCGUUCCACCUGGAGGAAGCCGGUCAAAUUUCCCACUGGGGCCUGGCUCUGAAGGUCCCAUGGGUGGAAUGGGCGGAAUUGAGCCACUUCAUAUGAAUGGAUCAUUAGGAUCAGGCGAUAUGGACGGGAUCCCUAAGAAUUCUCCCAACAACAUGAGCAGCAUUACCAAUCCUCCAGGCACUCCAAGGGAUGAUGGUGAAUUAGGAGGCAAUUUUCUUCACUCCUUCCAAAAUGAUAACUAUUCCCCCAGCAUGACGAUGAGCGUGUGAUUUUUCUCCUUCCCCCUUCUCCAGGAUCAGAAUGAUGAGACAGCUGCCCUUUGGAAGAUUAAAGAACGUAUGCAAGAAGCAGUUCAACGUGU